AUGCCGGAUAUCCAAGCGAAGUUGGAGCGUUUGAAGGCGGGUUGGAAUUCGUGCAAGGCCCAGGACGAUCAGAAGCAUUCACUGAUCUCGGAUCUGUUUGCGUGCAUCGAUGACCUAUCUGGCAAGCUUUCGGAGGCCGAAUCCGAGCUCCGAGACAAGAAAAGAUCAGGCGAAAAGGAGAUUCAAGCUUUACAGCUCGAAAUGUUCAAGGAUGAGCUUGUUAAGCAGGGUCUAGACGGUGGCAAGAAAACUGCCUGCCUGCUCAAACAAGCUGUCAUAGAGGAGCUCAGGUCCUCGGCUCCUGCCGCAGCUCACCACCUGAAGGUGGUUGUUCGCGUGUACGCGAAUGUGAAAGGACUGGCUAAGACAUACAAGGUGGUGGAGGUUCUCUCCGAAGCCACAUUUGAUGACUUCGUCCGCGGGUUCAACAUGGGCGACCCCCUGUGCGAUUACAUCGAUGCCGGUAAUGGUAAAGAAUGUGCAGAUGCGAAGGUCAGAGCAUAUUUCGAACUUUGCUUAGCCGACAUCCACUGUCAGCAGAUCAUCUUUGGCGGCACAGCCGACGACGGGUAUGCUCGCCUGCUGGGGCCGCACGCUGAGGACGAUGCAGUGCGUGGGCGGGUCACCUUGCUCGAAGGGCCUCCUUUUGCCUACGAACUGGCCGGCAUCAAGGACAAAUACCGCCCCAUCUCAUUGGAGAAUGUCUUUAGGAGCCAGAAGCUUGUCAAGGAAGAUCCGCCGCUCAACUAUUCGCACCAGGACUUCCUGAGCCUACAAAGCCGCAAGCUCUGCAACAGUUUUCAGCUUCUCGGGAAGUGUCCCUUUCUCGACACCUACGGUAACUGUCAGCACGGUCACAUCGAGGGGCUAAGCCCAAAGCAGAUAGCAGCAUUGCGCGCCGUGGCCCGCCAGUCUCCAUGCAAGUCGGGCUUGAGUUGCAGCGAUCCCGGUUGUAUUUAUGGUCACCGAUGCACUCGAGACAAUUGUGCGCUCUCAACCUGCCGGUUCUCCCCAGGAAUGCACUAUGUCGAAACAACGAUUGUUGGUAAAUCCGGUUGAAGUGUGUCAAACAACAUCUCAGUGUUAUUUUUGUGUUGUCGAUGUUGUAUUGCCGUCUAGCCUCCCCCUGGACCUGUUCUGGGUUGUCUUUUUCGUUUUCUGAGACACUUGGCGGCUUGAAAGAAUGUAGGCGUGCCCGUGUACUUUCAGCACUCGGUUGGAGAUGGCCUAUUACAUUGGGGAGCAGUGAAGCGUACGACGUCUCAUUCUUCAUUCUCCAUGCUACUUUCACAAGAGCCAGUAAUGCCACCCAGCUACGACUGGCGUCUCGCAUCACUGUCAAGGCAACCAACCGCAGAGGAGGCGGAGAGCUGAACUUUCGCUCUUUUCGGCCUUCUCUCGUUCCAUCCUCUCCGUAGUUCUAAAGUCGCCGGGUGUUGGGGCCCACCACCGGCGCAGUAUAUCGAAACCGCAACAGGUGAAGUUUGAAACGCGAAAGACAGAUAACAGACGGGCUUUGGUGCAAUUUUGCUGUGCAUGGGGAUCUUGGC